AUGGCCUCCAGAGUGAUUGGCGCAGCGAAGCUGCUCAGCAAGAGAUCACACGUAAUCCCAGGGAAACUCCUAGUCUCGGAGCUCUUUUUUGAGGUUCCGAAAGACUACAGCAACCAGUCAUCGGGCGUUCUUCAACUGUUCGGUAGAAGUGUCACCAAGCACGAGAGGCCCGUCGUCCCUCCCAGCGAGACCGAGAAGAAACAGGCCGAGCAGAAGCCAUGGCUGGUGUUUCUACAAGGAGGGCCCGGUUUUGGUAACCCCGAGCCCCAGGACAGUCCUGUCACCCAUACUGCUCUGGAACGCGGCUACCAAGUUCUGUUCCUUGACUAUCGAGGAGUCGGGCUUAGCUCGCCUGUGUCCGCUGCUACACUUGCUCUCCAGGGUAACGCCGAAAAGCAAGCCGACCACCUUAAGUUGCUCCGCCAGGACAAUAUUGUGAAUGACCUGGAAGCUGUCAGAGCGUGUCUUACCAGCGAUUUCCCGGAGGAGAAGAAGAAGUGGUCUCUCUUCGGCCAAUCGUUUGGUGGCUUCGUCUCCCUGACUUACCUUUCCAGAUUCCCACAAGGGCUGCGAGAGGUCUUCCUGACUGGCGGUCUUGCACCUGUUGGCAAGAUACCCGAGCAGGUGUAUGAGGCAACUUUCAAGAAGGUCAUGGAGCGAAACAAGGCCUACUACGAGAAAUAUCCCGAGGACAUUGAGUCUGUCCAUCGAGUGGCCCGUUUCAUUCAGGAAAAAAAGAGAGUAAAUCUCCCUGGCGGCGGAUUUAUGACCGUCCCAAGGCUACUCACCCUGGGAAUCGCCUUUGGCGCUCACGGUGGCCUUGACUCUGUGCACUCGAACAUACUCAAGUUGAAGACGGAUCUAGACCAAUUUGGCUUCUUCACGCGUGCUUCCCUUGCGGACUUCGAGCAGGCCACGUCGUUUGACAGCAACAUAAUCUACGCCAUCUUACACGAGGCAAUCUACACCGAGAAGCCAGGCGUGGCGUCCAACUGGGCGGCUUACCGGGUCGGCAAGGCUUUAGAGGAGUUCUCGUGGUUAGAGAACGAGCCCGCCAUUUCCGAAUAUACGGCUGCUCCUCUGUACUUCUCCGGCGAGAUGAUCUUCCCGCUUCAUUUCGAGACAUACCCGGAGCUGGUCGAACUGCGCGAAGCUGCCGAGAUUCUUGCCAAGUUUGACGAGUGGCCCGAGCUGUAUGACCAAGAGCAGUUGCGAAAGAACACUGUGCCAGUGUACGCUGCUGGCUACAUCGACGACAUGUACGUCGACUACAAUUUCGCCAAGGAGACAGCAGCCCUCGUGAAAGGCACCAAGGUUUACGAGACGAACCAACUGUAUCACUCGGCGCUGCGUGGCCGGACGGCGGAUGUUAUGCGAGAGCUUUUUAGGCUGAGGGACGACCCCAUCGAUUAG